AUGUAUCCUCGAACAUCUGUUACCAAGAAAUAUGAACCUUUAUCUACAACAGAUUCGGAACAAUCUGAGUACGGCCCUCCCGUUCCAAUCCGCGCAUCCACUCCUUGGGUCAGGCCUUUCAAGUACAUUUUCAUCGGACUCAUACUCGCCUUCUCAUUCAUGCUCGGAGUAAUCGUCAUGUACUAUAGUGCACCAGCUUCAGGAGUCUGCUCUGCACUUCCGCAUGACUCGGCCGAGGUGAACAAGGUCGAACAUCACUGCGGCAAAUCUCGCGAAGAAGCUCUGGCUAUGGGCUGCGAGUUUGACUACCUCAGCGGGCUCUGGCUCCCAAAGGCAUGCUCCCGGAGUUAUGAGGCCGAGUUCAUUUCGAUGCCAGGGACGGGUUUCUAUGCAACCGCAGGGGCUGAUUUGGACGAUGGACUGGGCCCCAACCUAACCGAACUCCCCUUUGGGACUCCUUACUAUACGACCCGCCUCCAUCACGUUACGCACUGCCUGCUUCUUUGGCUACGGAACAACGAUGACAAGGACGGUAUUCCGGUCGCCUACAAUGCCAUGGGCCUACAUCAUCAAAGCCACUGCGCUCAGAUGAUAUUGGGAAUGCAGGGCAAGGGACCUAAAGCACUCUGGGAAGUCGCGGUUCGAGGCGAGAUAUAUACACAGUCUUGUUGA